AUACCUUCCUCCAUUACUGAAGCUCUCUUCGCUUCCUUUGCUUUGCUUUGCUUUGUAUACAACACCAAUUCAGACUCAGUCGCUCCAUCUUCAUAGCCUUUUCGAUAAAACAAAGAAGAAGAAUCUCUCUCCGUUAUCCCCGCCUUUUCAAUUCCUCGAUUUCCACGUUCCGUCUGUUUGCUUCCACUUUAACUUCCUUUAACAAACAAUUGUGUCUCUGCGGGGUCGCCGUACACUGAAUUCUCUCUCCGAUCGCUUUUUCGAGUUCGCUAUGGCCUCUUCUAUCUCAAAUUCGGUUCACUCUUCAGGAGUUACUUUCCGUUUCUCUUCACUCUAUGUGUCCCCCAAUACUGUUGUCUCUCGCAAUCAUGUGGUGCUUAAGACUCGAUCACCGGCUCCAAGACUGUCUUUUUCGCCGUUACCGCAGGGGAAAAGGAAAUCUACGGCAUCGGCUGAAUUCUCCCUCAAGGACUUGAGAUUUUCCGGUUUGCUGCGUAUGCGCGGUUCAGUUGACUUUCCAGUUGUAGCCGCGGCUUCUGCCGAUGCAAAUUCCGCCGAUGAUCGCGAAAUUGAAAUAUCUGACGCAUAUGCAAAGACUUCAAAGAGUUUUGGUGAAAGGUUUCCUGCCUUGGUUACUGGCUUCUUUUUCUUUAUGUGGUACUUCUUAAAUGUCAUCUUCAAUAUUCUAAACAAGAAGGUUUAUAACUAUUUCCCAUAUCCAUAUUUCGUAUCUGUUGUACAUCUACUAGUUGGAGCAGCUUACUGUAUACUUUCUUGGGGUAUUGGUCUACCAAAACGUGCUCCAAUUGAUAAGGAGUUCCUCCUAUUGUUGACACCAGUUGCAUUCUGUCAUGCCCUUGGACAUGUAAUGUCCAAUGUAUCAUUUGCAGCUGUUGCUGUAUCUUUCACACACACUGUAAAAGCUCUAGAGCCAUUCUUCAAUGCUGCUGCCUCGCAGUUUGUUUUGGGACACCAGAUUCCUUUGUCCUUGUGGUUAUCAUUGGCACCUGUUGUUAUUGGUGUAUCAAUGGCAUCAUUGACUGAACUGUCGUUCAACUGGACUGGUUUCAUUAGUGCCAUGAUUUCAAAUAUUGCUUUUACGUACAGAAGUAUAUAUUCAAAAAAAGCAAUGACAGGUAUGGACAGUACAAAUGUCUAUGCUUACACUACCAUAAUUGCGCUCUUGUUUUGCAUCCCACCAGCUAUACUUAUUGAGGGCCCCCAGCUGAUGCAAUAUGGCUUAAAGGAGGCAAUCGCCAAAAUGGGUCUAUACAAAUUCUUGUCUGACCUGUUCUUGAUUGGGAUGUUUUAUCAUCUGUACAAUCAGCUUGCUACAAACACUUUAGAGCGGGUUGCGCCACUCACACAUGCGGUUGGAAAUGUCUUGAAGCGAGUGUUUGUUAUUGGUUUCUCCAUCGUAGUAUUUGGCAAUAAAAUCUCAACGCAGACUGGGAUUGGUACAGCAAUAGCUAUUGCGGGUGUUGCCAUUUAUUCUUUAAUAAAGGCCAACAUGGAAGAUAAAAAAGGGGUAAGGCAUUAAAAUUUUAUACGUGUUACCUUGUUUGAUCAUCUGUCCUGCUGUUGGUUUCACAAAAGCUCCAACAAAAUAUGAAAAUAAGUUGCUGUUUUCUGAUGAGGUUUCAUCUCAUUUUCACAAUCUUGGAUUCUCUCUUUAUUCGCCAUUUCCGUGGAAAUUGUAACGGGAAUUUGUGUCAACAUGUAUUGAUUUAGUACCUCACGUCCCAAUAUUUCAAUGAUCAAUCCUUUGCAGGCCACCAUUUAAAUA